AUGCCUUGCAUGCUCAUCGAUCCUUCUCAAAAAUAUAAGCCAUACGUCCCACUGAAUCUCGACAAUCGUCAAUGGCCGACCAAGACUUUCACCAAUGCUCCCAUAUGGCUGUCCACAGAUCUUCGUGAUGGAAACCAGGCCUUGGCAUGUCCAAUGACCGCAGAUCAAAAACUCACCUUCUUUCGUUUGCUGGUCAAAUGUGGUUUCAAGGAAAUCGAAAUCGCAUAUCCUUCUGCUAGCGACACAGAUUUCUCAUUCGUUCGUUUUCUGAUCGAAAACAACGAGAUCCCGGAUGAUGUAUGGAUCCAGGUUCUGACCCCAGCUCGCGAGGAUCUCAUUCGAAGGUCAUUUGAAGCCGUCGCUGGUGCUAAGCAUGUUAUCUUGCACAUGUAUAACGCCCUUUGUCCCAUGUUCCGAGACGUCGUCUUCCGUAACUCGAAGGAACAGACGAUUGAACUGGCCACCAGACAUACCAAACUCGUCAGCGAGCUUGCUGAUCAGUACGCUGCAUCACAUGGGAUGAAAUUCCGUUACGAGUACAGCCCGGAAACAUUUACCCAGACAGAAUUAGAGUUUUCUAUCCAAGUCUGUGAAGCCGUCAAGGUCACAUGGGGCAAGGCUGGACCCGGCAUUGACCGCAUCAUUUUCAACCUUCCGGCAACUGUAGAAGUCGCUCCUCCUAAUCACUAUGCUGAUCAGAUCGAAUACUUCGCCGCCCAUAUAUCUGAGCGAGAAAAUAUUAUCAUCAGUUUACACCCGCAUAAUGACCGAGGCACUGCUAUCGCUGCUGCCGAGCUCGCAAUCCUCGGCGGCGCUGAUCGAGUGGAAGGCUGUUUGUUUGGCAAUGGGGAACGUACAGGAAAUGUCGAUCUUGUUACCCUAGCGUUGAACUUGUACACACAAGGAAUCACUCCCAACCUCGACUUCAGCGACAUUCAGGAAGUCAUUGACAUUGUGACCUCCUGCAAUGACAUCCCUGUACACCCAAGACACCCUUACGCUGGCGAGCUCGUCUUCACGGCCUUCUCUGGUUCGCACCAGGACGCCAUCAAGAAAGGUUUCGAAGCACAGGCUAUUCGUCACACAAGGAAUGCUGAAAAUGGCGAGCUGAAAAUGUGGGACAUGCCGUAUAUGCCCCUGGACCCGGCCGACCUCGGAUGCAGCUACGAGGCUGUCAUUCGUGUCAAUGCGCAAUCCGGAAAGGGAGGGGUUGCGUACCUUGUCAAGCAACACCUACAACUCGACCUUCCACGCAAGAUGCAGAUCGCGUUCUACGAGGUCAUUCAGCACAUAUCAGACCGCGAGGCACGUGAAGUCACCGUCGAAGACAUCACGACUGCGUUCCGCGAGACCUAUCACUUCGGUGGAUCGAAGUAUGAAGGUAGACUGGCGCUCAAAUCAUUCCGUAUUACGUCUGAGCCGUCACCUGAUCCCACUGACGACGGUGAGCCCUCUGACGAGCGUCGUCAACUCGAUGGUACUAUGUUGGUGGAUGGCGUAUUGCGUGUCAUUCGUGGAGACGGCAAUGGCCCCAUCUCUGCUCUUCUUGAUGCUCUGCGCACUCAUUUGGAGAUCGACAUGACCCUUCGCGAGUACACGGAGCACGCAGUUGGCGAGGGACAAGAUUCCAAGGCAGCAUCGUACAUCGAACUCGUUGCUACCACCGACGACGUCAAGGAGACUCGCAAAGCAUCCGAGUCAUGGUGGGGUGUUGGACUCGAUUCUGACAUUGCCGCUUCCGGUCUGCACGCCGUAUUGAGUGCAGUCAACGGUGCCAUUGGCGACCGUGUAUUGCCUGAGCUCAAACUCAGUGUCGGUUUCAACGUUACCUCUGGCCAAUCGGAUGUUGCGGACGCCAUCGUCAAUACUCUGGGUUUGCAGCUUCCUCGCAGAUUGCAAACUUCCUUCUUCGAAGUCGUGCAGCGUGCCGCGCGCGUGUCAGACGGCAAGAUUUCGUAUGAAGACCUUACCCGUCUCUUCCGAGAGACAUACGGCUACGAGGUCGAAGACAAGGGCAGGUUUUCUCUGGGUGACUUCGGCUUCGAGCGCGCCGACGGCGGAGGGCGCCUGUUCAAGGGUGAAAUGGAGAUCGACGGUGUGGGGUGCCAGGUCACUGGUGAGGGUAACGGUCCUUUGUCCGCAGCGCUUGCUGCGUUGCACUCGCAAGUUGAGGGCACUCUUUCCUGCCGGGAGUAUUCAGAGCACUCCGUGGGAGAGGGUUCAGAAGUGAAGGCGGUCUCCUUCGUGGAGCUCUUGUACGAGCUGCCAGGAAGGGCCAAAAAAGAAGCUGCCUGGGGAUUGGGCAGCGAUACCGACAUCACUGCAUCUGGUAUCAGGGCUGCGUUGAGAGCAGCGAGCAGGGUGGGUGUAGUUGUGAAGAAGGCAUAA